CACGCGUUGCUGAAAAAGUCGCAACCCGAAAUCCAAAGAGAAGAUCAAAAGGCCUAAAAAAAAUUCGUUGCCCCGAAAUGUUCGGCAAGCGCUUGUUCCACCAAGACAAACCCAUGCCCAAGGGAUCUAAGACCGUAACUAAUCUGGACCUUCAGGUUGUUCUCCAUUAUGGCAUUCCAUAUACAGCAUCCAUUCUUACUUUCGACCCUAUCCAACGACUUCUAGCAAUUGGAACACUGGAUGGUAGGAUAAAAAUUAUCGGAGGUGAUAAUAUUGAGGGUCUUCUAAUAUCCCCUAAGAAGUUGCCCUACAAAAACUUAGAGUUUCUACACAACCGUGGGUUCCUUCUUGGUGUAUCAAAUGAUAAUGAUAUCCAGGUGUGGAACCUGGAAUGCAGGCAAUUAGUUUAUUCUUUGCAAUGGGAGACAAACAUAACUGCUUUUGCUGUAAUUCAUGGCACCUGUUUGAUGUAUAUUGGAGAUGAGAAUGGUUUAAUGUCUGUAUUGAGAUACAAUUCUGAAGAAGGAAAGCUUUUGAGCUUGCCAUAUAGUAUUCCUGCAAGGACCAUAAUUGAAUCAGCUGGCAUUCCAUGUCCUAAUUAUCAAUCCAUAGUUGGAAUUUUGCCACAGCCUUCUAGUUCUGGCACAAGAGUUCUGAUUGCAUAUGAGAAUGGCCUGCUUAUUCUCUGGGAUGUUCUGGAAGGCCAUGUUGUUUCAGUUAGGGGGUACACUGAACUUCAGUUGAAGGGUGAGGGAAGUGUUGAUCAUCAAACCGAAGAUGGAAAUGAACUUGAGAGCACUGCAGUUGAAUACGAAGAAGAGAAGGAAAUUUGCUCUCUAUGCUGGGCAUCUAAUUCUGGAUCUAUACUUGCUGUGGGUUAUAUUAAUGGAGAUAUAUUAUUAUGGGACAUAUCUUCAGACUUCUCUAAAAAGCAACAAGCGGGAUCAUCAUCUAAAGCUGUCGUGAAGUUGCAGUUGGCUUCUGGAAGUCGGAGGCUUCCUGUCAUUGUCUUAAAGUGGUCUCCCAAUGCAAAAGCAGAUGAUAGAGGAGGGCAACUUCUAAUCUAUGGUGGAGAUGAUAUGGGGUCUGAAGAAGUUUUAACGGUUCUGGAUCUGGAGUGGUCUCAUGGAAUAGAUUCUUUGAGAUGCAUCUCACGGGCGGACCUAAACCUUAAUGGAUCAUUUGCAGAUAUGAUUCUGAUUCCUAGUGCUGGGGCUACAGAGCACAAUUCAGCUGCUGCACUUUUUGUAUUGACCAACCCUGGACAAGUAAAUGUAUAUGAUGGUGCUAUGUUGCCGGUCUUGAAAAGUGAGGAUGGGAAAGUUCAUCUGCAAGCUGAAAAGUUUCCAGUUGCAGUACCAACUAUUGACCCUUGUAUUACUGUUACAAAGAUCUGUUUAAUACAGCCAGACGGAGAUUCUUCAAAGAAACUGCUUACGAAAUCUGCUGCUAAGGGAUAUGCAACCACACCUACCCUAUCUGCUGGAACAAGGUGGCCUUUGACAGGUGGAGUCCCCAGUGAAUCAUUCAUAGCGAUAGAUAAUGAAGCAGAAAGAAUAUACAUAUCGGGUUACCAAGAUGGAUGUGUGAGGAUAUGGAACGCUACAUGUCCUAUCCUCAAACUCAUGUUUCUGUUAGAAGGGAAGGUACCAGGUACUGAGGUGGAUGGCCAAAGUGGUUCAGUAUCUGCACUGGAGUUUUGUCCCACAAGUAUGAAUUUGGCUGUUGGCAACGAGUGUGGUCUGGUUCGCAUCUAUAAGCUUCGUGGGAGCGCAAGCGAAUCAAGUUUUCACGUAGUGAGUGAAACUAAACAUGAAGGUGAUUUUUUUUACCAUAUUCAUAUAAUUUCCUUGAAUAUAUGUACUGUUACACUAAAAAGGAUUCUGUACAUUUUCUUUUUCUUUUCUUUUUUAUAACUGUACAUUUUCAUU